AAUGCAACCGAAAACCCUUCGCUAAACCCCUUCCUUCCUUAGAUCUUUAUUCAUCGAUUCUCAUUUCACCAUUUCCAGAUACGAUUCCGACUCCGAUGGCUCCUCCAAGCCUUCUCGGUCCUCCGGAGCUCUACGCCGCCGCCCCUGCCCCCGUCGAACUCCAAUCAUCUCAGCCUCAACCAGCGGAAUCAACCGCCUCCGGAGACCCCUUCGUCGAUUCACUGGUCGCAAAGUUCAACAAGAUCGAUAACCCCCAUGACAACCUGCCGCCCAUGGGCUUCACGGAGAAUAUGUCGGUGACGUUCCUCUCCACCGGUAAUCCUUGCCUUGAUUUCUUCUUCCAUGUGGUUCCUGAUACGCCCGCUGAUUCUUUGAUCGAGAGAUUGAGUUUGGCUUGGAAUCACGAUCCAUUGAUGACGCUGAAGCUGAUCUGUAAUUUGCGAGGAGUUCGUGGUACCGGAAAGUCCGAUAAAGAGGGAUAUUACACGGCUGCGCUCUGGCUCCACAAAUUUCACCCCAAAACCCUAGCAGGUAACAUUCCUUCUAUUGCUGAUUUCGGUUAUUUCAAGGAUCUUCCUGAGAUACUUUACCGGCUUCUUGAGGGUUCCGAUGUGAGGGAGAAUCAGAAGAACGAGUGGCUUGAGAGAAAACGUAGUCGUAAACCAAAGAGAUCGUCGACGACUCGGAGAGGGAGAUUUGGGCUAUCUAUCAGGCAUGGAAGCUUCAAGCAAGUGAAGCCAAAGACGAGGAAGAAAGAAAUUCAAUCUUCAACCGACAGAGAGGCCAAUAUUUCGAAGGCCAUAGAGACAUCAAGGAUAGAGAAAGAGAAGGCGAGCGCAGACAGGAAGAUAAAGAAGGUUUCGAUGGCGAAGAAGGUUGUGGAACGUUUUCAGUCCGAUCCAAAUUUCCAACUCUUGUACGAACGAAUCUCUGACUUUUUUGCCGAUUGUUUGAAAUCUGAUCUUCAAUUUCUGAAUUCCGGAGAAUUGAGGAAAAUCAGUCUCGCUGCGAAAUGGUGCCCUUCCGUCGAUUCGUCCUUCGAUCGAUCGACAUUACUCUGCGAGAGCAUAGCGAGGAAGGUUUUCCCUCGCGAAUCUGACCCAGAAUACGAAGGGAUCGAAGAGGCGCAUUACGCGUACAGAGUUCGUGACAGAUUGAGGAAGCAAGUUUUGGUGCCGCUCCGGAAGGUGUUGGAACUGCCGGAGGUUUACAUGGGAGCCAAUCGGUGGGAUUCGAUCCCUUACAACAGAGUAGCUUCUGUUGCAAUGAAAAUCUACAAGGAAAAGUUCAUGCAACACGAUGGGGAGCGGUUUGGCCAAUACUUGAAAGAUGUAAAGGAUGGUAAGACCAAGAUCGCCGCCGGUGCAUUGCUUCCUCACGAGAUCAUAAAUUCUUUGUACGACGGUGAGGAAGAUGGCGGAGAAGUGGCAGAGCUUCAAUGGAAGAGAAUGGUGGAUGACUUGUUGAAGAAAGGGAAAUUGAGAAACUGUAUUGCUGUUUGUGAUGUAUCUGGGAGUAUGGCGGGGAUUCCCAUGGAUGUUUGUGUUGCUUUGGGUCUUUUGGUUUCUGAAUUGAGCGAAGAUCCAUGGAAAGGGAAAGUGAUCACAUUCAGUGCGGACCCUAAACUUCAUUUGAUCCAAGGGGAUAGUCUGAAAUCAAAGACGGAUUUCAUUAAGGAGAUGGAAUGGGGGUAUAAUACUGAUUUUCAGAAGGUUUUUGAUCAAAUCUUGAAAGUGGCUGUAGAUGCAAAGUUGAAUGAAGAACAGAUGGUAAAGAGAUUGUUCGUGUUCAGUGACAUGGAGUUCGAUCAAGCAUCAUCCAACUCGUGGGAAACUGAUUACCAAGUUAUAGUUAGGAAGUUUACAGAAAAAGGGUAUGGAUCAGCUGUUUCACAGAUUGUAUUUUGGAACUUGAGAAAUUCGAGGGCAACGCCAGUGCCGGCCAGGGAGAAGGGGGUGGCUUUGGUCAGUGGAUACUCAAAGAACUUGAUGAACUUGUUUUUGAAUAACGACGGCGUCAUUCAACCGGAAGCCAUCAUGGAGCAGGCUGUGUCCGGCAGCGAGUACCAGAAGCUUGUUGUUCUUGAUUGAUCAAUCAAGUUACACAAUAUAGUACUUUUGUUUUUCUUUUUUGCCUAUUUAGUAUUUAGUUUUUCAUCGAGAAAAAGACAGGAAAAUAAAUGCGAAAAAUACAGAACAAUAAGCCUUUGCUCCACACUUUUGAAUUCAAUGUGAACUAUUACUAUCACUACCCAAAUUUCAGACUACUUGCACAUCCAUGUGUUGGUUGGCUUGCCAUAGAGGUAAAUUUGGCUUGGAGACAUAGUCAUGGAUGAGAAGCUUUGAAACCUAGUGAUGCGUUGGGAGCAGAGGAGUAUGGAGCAAAGGAACAUCCAUGUGUUAAAGCAAACCCUUGUACAUUGGAAGUAAAGUUUUGGGCAGUGAAAGACACCUAACAUGGCUGAAGCAUGAGGUGGCUUCACGAGACUUGGCCAAAAUUGAGGAAAAGUCCAGCUAGGGAGGCUAUGUGGCAAAGUAUGAAGGCUGAGAAUUCAUGCAGAGUUUUCUAUAUAUAUGGGCUGAUAAGAUGAGAGAGGAUGAAGAGCUGAGGCUGCUGAAAAGAAACUCCCACGAAAUGAUGCUGAAAUUCAAAGAAGAUACAAAGGCAGUACAGAUUCUAAGUUCAAUCGGGUAGUUCGUGAUAUUUGGUGAAUUCUAGGCGAUUUAAGAAGAGUUAAGAGAGGUAAGAUAGGUAAAAGAAUAUGUAAGAAGUUCAUAGAAGGAAGUUUUGAAUUUUAAUGAAUAUAUUUCGAGUUAUAUAGGCUGGGAAUUGGACUUGGGAUUUAGGUGAUGACGAAGCAAGCAGACUUGGGCUUGAAAGAAGCAAGCAAGCAUUUUGGAAGAUUUUCAACUAUGUUGAAGCUCUUUGAACCUAGAAUAUAAACCUAGGUUGCUGCCAUGAUAAGUUUUGGUAAAAAAGAUGCCCAAAAGUGAAGGGAACCAGAUGAAGGUCAGAAUUCGAAGCCUCUAGAACAUAUUGGGGUAUUUGGAGCAUGUUGAGCUCUAGAAGAGGAACUAGAGGCUCCAAUUUGACAGUGAGCUUCUUGAGACAAUUCUUAACAAAUUUCAUGAAGAAAGUUUUGUCUAAUUCGGGUUGUAAAUGAUGCUAUAAGUCUUGGAAAAUAAAGGGAAGUAGAAAGGGUUGGCAUUGAAGCAACAGUGGCUACAAGAUUGAACAUCAACUCCUACCAUGCGUCCAAGUAGACACCAUGAGACCAACUAUGUCACGAAGGAAGGAAGUGUGCGUUGGCCUAAGGAUACUCAAGGCUUAAAAGGCUAGGAAGGGAGUUAACUAAGUGUGAAUGGCUUCUAACUCUUGAAGUAUUUCAACAUAAUGGCACGUUUGAAAAUGACAAGUAUAGUAAAAAUUGUAAUAAAUAGUAAAUAUCUUGGAGAUUUUGUUCCCUUAAUUUUGUAAUGUUAUCACCUUAGGUAUUAAAAUUUAAUGUGCAUAUUUCAAGUAAAAA